GAGAGGCUGAAGAAGGAGGGGAGGAAGCGGCCACGGCCACGGCCACGGCACAUGGCCUGCUCCCGGACGCACGCAGCACGCAAGGUUUGUGUACGGGGAGCAACGGAAAAACACUCAAAGCACGCAAAACCUGCAGCGCAGGCAGCGCAUGCAGAGCGCAGCACCUGCACCCGGGUGGACCUAUUACAAGCGAGCUUUCCCCCAUUGGGCAACCCGACCCGCGAAAAUCAGGUCCGUACAGAAAGACCAACUCUAAACGCAACUAGGACAAGGACCCACGCAUGCAUGCUGCACGCUCGAUCCCAGGUCAGGCUGCACUGACUCAGCAUCCUCCGGCGCUCCG